AUGUAUGCUAACAUAGAAGCUCAAAGCAAUACCGAAGAAGUAGCUUUUGUUAUAAUUAUUAUCGAUGCGAUUCCAAGUGAGAAUAACAGAAGAUUGCGACCAUUCGCCGAUAUUACUGAGAGUAGCCAUUUUGGAACAAAAGAAAAUGAAAUUCUGUUCAUGCUGGGUUCAGUCUUUCGUAUCACAAAUGUUGAACGGGAUGUUAAUAGACGAUGGAUUGUAUCAAUGACUGCGUGCGAUCAAGAAGAUAUUGAAUUAAAUAAACUUUUCUCAUGGUUUGGAGAUGAAAAAAACGUAAAUGGAACAGAUGAUGAUACAUUUCACAGUUUUGGAGUGUUACUCUUAGGGGAGGAACAUCGUUUAAUAGCCGAAAUAUAUACAGAUCUUGGUCGAAUGUAUUAUGAAAAGAAACAACUAGAUAAAGCUCUUGAUUAUUAUACACGUGGUCUCACUAUAGCACAAAAAAUCCUUCCUGAUACUCAUCCAGAGAUGGGAAUGUUUCAUACUGGUAUCGCUGUAGUUUAUUCUGAAAUGGAAAAAAUCGACGAAGCAAAAUUUCAUUUUGAGGCUGUUGCAAAUAUAGACUUGAUCUCGUUUCCAACUGAAAAUCCUCCACUUUCUUCAUAUUACGAAGCUUUAUAUAUAUUUUAUUCACACAAGAGUACCAUUCGUGGUGCACCAACGACUCAGCUACCAAAUGUGAAGCAGAAUUCCUCGCAACGAACUGGAAUUAUCUUUUAUCGUUGCCCAUGGUGUCAUAGUUAUGUCUGGAUAUAUAAAGCAUUUUUCUUUUGCAAAGGAUCACCGUGUUUUCGAUGUCUAAGACAAUUGAUAACAUUACGACCAUCCCGAGUGAAUUCACGCUUGCUCCAAUAUUUGAAUUAUUGUCAUCAGUAUUCUCGUCUUAUGGAAGAAACGGAUGUUCAUUAUCUACUCGCACGUGAAUUACGACAGCAAUAUCUACAAUCUUUGCCUGAUAAGGACUUCAUUUAA